AUGGGAAAUACAAUUUAACAUAAAAGAAGAAAUCCUGCAAAUUGUCUAGGAUGCAUGGCUUAAGAUCAUGAAACUUUUGAUCCAAAUGAAUUAUAAAUUGGACUUGAAGUAGAUAAAGCAAGAGGUAUGUAACUAAACAUUUUUAAAGGUCGAAUCACAUAAUAGUCUACUGCCUAUUUAACAGAAAAUGAGAAGAACUUUUUCAAGGCAGCAUCAGGACGUAAUUUAGGGUUAAUCAGAUUUUACUUAAAUAAUGGGAUAAACAUUAACAUUUUGGAUGAAGAUAGAACAUCUCCAUUGUAAUUCUUGAAUUUAUAAGUAUUUGCUUAGACAUAUAGCAUCAAGAUAUGGAUCAAUUUAAGUAGUUUAAGAACUAAUUAAUAAUAAUGCUAAUAUAGAUAUUACAGAUAUGGCAGGAUGGACUCGUAUAGAUUAUUGUCUAAAUUUAAGCAUUACAUGUAGCAGCUUUUUACUAAAGAGCUUAAGUUUGUUCAGUCUUACUAAAAGCAGGUGCAGACCCAAAAAUAAGAAAUCGAGAAGGAAAUCUGGCCUAAGAUUUAGUAAGGGAUAAAAUGACCUCUGAAAUAUUUAAAUCGUCUUUAGAUAUAUAGAAUUCAUGUAUUGAGAGACAAGUUAAGAGAAUAGAUCCUGCUUAAAGAUAGCAUGAAGAAUAUUUUCAGUUUCUUAAAUAAUAAAGAUUGUAAACUCUACUUAAAUUAUUAGAAAAAGUCAGGAAUGUAAUAGUUUAUGUGAGAAAGUAUCCUAAGGAAAACUCAUUAGUCCUAAUUUAUCUCCUACUAAAUUAAUUUCAAAAGAAAAAGAGAAUUAAGGAUUAUAAGAUUCUAUAAGCAAAUCAAACAUCUCUGAAGGAAAUGAACAGAAAGACAUUUAGGAUUGUUUUAAAGAAUUGUCUUCAAAAAUUAGUCGUAAUUUAAUAUUUCACUAAAAUUCAAUUCCUAGGUCUUUUGAUGAAAUGGUAUAAAUACCAUUAUAUAUAUUUAGUAUUCUUUAAAUCAGCUAGUACUUUUGUAAAAUUCAUCUAAAGAACUUGUCACCUUUCUUGAUUAAGUUAAACUUAUAAAGCAUGAUUACAAUUCUGAAAACUUAGCUUUAGAUUUAUUCAAUCAUUCCUCAAUAAUUGGUAUUUCAUUUAUGAUUGCCACUUAAAUGAUUAAACCUACUCCACAAUCAAUUAUUAAUUGGUUGUUCUAGGAUAUUGAAUUAAAAAAUAAAGUAUAAAUAUCAAAGUAUAAAUAAAAUAUAUUAAAAUAAGAUUACUAUGCAACAUUAAUUUAUAAGAAUAAUAACAAAUAUUGAAAUUAUUUAUUGAUAAAAUAGUUAUGAGUGAUAAUCUUAUUGAUUCAUUAUAAAGAUUAUUUAGUAAAUUAUUAGUUUAGAAUGAUCCAUUUAUACUAGACAUUUUAGUAAAAGAAUUUAGUAGAAGAUUUUAUGAAUUCAAUUAUUAUAAUUCAAAGCCUCAGACUUUUCCAUUUAAAUCAGAAGAAUCAUUACAUAUGUUUACUUUUGCCCUUGUAAUAUUAGAUAUUGAAAGUGAUAAAUAUGAUAAAGAAAAUGCUUUCAAAUGUUUCUUUUAAAAUAUCCAAACAAUUAAUAAUGGAGAUAAUUUGAAUUCAAAAUAUAUUUAAUAGAUUAUUGAAUAAUUAUCAUCUUAAUAGAUUGUUAAAUUAAAUGAAUAAUAAAUUGAUACUUCAUUGUAUCAUGUUUUCAAUCAUUAUAGUACUCCAAUUCUACUUAGAGAAUAAAAAUAAGUAUUUUAUAAUUUAAAUAAUAGAUUCGAUCAGAGAAAUGGAAAUUAUAUAUUAUUAGUGAUUUUUGCAUCUUAAUUUCUGAUGGAAAGAUGAAAAUUCUUUCUAGUUCAAAGAAUGACAUAGUAAUUAAUAAAUAAGAAGUUACAAUUUAAGGGAAGUUGAAUUAAUAAUUAAUCUAUUUUAUUUGCAAGGAUGAACAAACUUUCAUUUUAAAAAUAAAGAAUAAGAAACUCAGAUUUAUUAAUCUUUAAUGA